AUGUGGUCGAAUCGAAGAUUGGUCUCUCUGGCUGGGCUGGAGCUGGUGCUGCUGGUGCUGCUGCGGGUGGUGCCUGAGAGCAAGCCUGAAAUGCUCAUCUCACCCCCAGGACAUUGCUGGUGCCAUGGCAAAGCAGGCGGGAUCGGUGCCAUCUCCAUGGGCACUCACUCGAUGAGCAGCCGGCCAGGAGCCCUCGGGCGCACUGGGCCUGGCGAGAUGCCGUCGUGUGCCGUACGACAGACAGACAAGGCCCCGGACAGUCGACUGGGGGGGGGGGGUGAGAGACAGAGAGGCCCAGGUGCAGCAGCUGGGGAGGAGAGGCCAUGGCUGACCAAGAGCGGUACCCAGACUGGCGGGUCGAGUGCUUUUGCGCCGCACGCGACAAGACAGCUGGAGGGGCUGGGGGAUCGCGGGACCCUAGUUCCCAGGGCUUUGCGGGCGUUGCCAAGCCGAGGCUCGUCUGACAGGCGGGUGGUGGGCGGGUAUGAUGCUGGUGGCAGUCGUCGUAGUGCUCGUAGUGCUCGUAGUGCUCGUAGUGCUCGUAGUGCUCGUCGUCCUGGUCGUGGUGGUGAUGGCGGCCACGGCCGACUGGCGCCGCCGGCAAGCCAUCGAAGGCGCAUCGAAGGUGUAGUAAUGCAGGUCGCAGUCAUUGUCUCGGUCUCAGGCCACGCCUCUGGAAACACGACGAGAAACCCUUUGAUUUGGGUCAACCGUGGUCCGGGAGGCGACCGAGCAAUUCACCGCCGCCCGUCCUCGUCCUCAUCCUCGGUCCUCGUCGCCUUGAACCUUGACCCGGCGGGGCCACGACGUCGGCUCUUGCCGAUGCUCGCCGGUGGGGGCCCGUCAUCUCGACGAGCGGUAUACUUUAGUGUACACGGCUGCCAACCUACUGCACCAUACGCACGUAGACUCGAUACGCACGUAGGGAGAAGGGGGGGGUGUAUGAAAGCCAUAACCUGGAAAGGACAAAACAACGCCCACUUGAUAUGCGCAGACACUAGUCAAACGGUGCACCACCCCACACUUCUCUCCCCUGCAUCCAUCCAUCCAUCCAUCCUGCUCGCGGGUAAUCUGCGGGAGAUUGGAAACAUAGAUACUUACAAGGUCUACUAUGUGCAUCCAUAG